AUGGCUAUAAUUUCUGCGUCAGCACCAAGAGGGGCUCGAUUCUCUUGGUUGAAUAACAAUCCACACACUCCUCCUCUUCCUCAGUUGCCAAUUCCAAGCAGGAGAACAAGUAAGCUCAAUUUUCGGUCAAAGACUUUUGCCCGAUAUGCUCAGACACAGCAGGAUCUUUUCUCUUCUCGUCUCCAAGAUAGUAUUGAAAUCUUACCCAAACUGGUGGAGGAUAUUGUUCAGACAUCUAUCAAUACCGGUCCACGUGGGGCCCUAAGGCUGGCUCAAGGCAUUCAAGCAUUUCUUGGAGUUGGUGGCGUGUGGCUGGCAGAUGUAUCAAAGGAUUUGGACACUGAAUUAAACAGUGCAACUGCCAGAGAUACUACUACAAAUGCAACUGCUGUCUCUGCCAAUGUAGUUGUUGAUGAGAGGCAGAUGAAUUCACCUUUUCUUGAUGUGAAAGUUUCUGAAGUAGUUGGUAAGGAUGAUUACAAAUACCUCGAAUCGGAUGGGGAAGUCCAAUCUCGGAACCACAAGAGAGUGGUGGCUGCUCGAGGAAAAGCGAAUUCGGAAAGGAACGGUGUGGAUUUUGAUAGUGAUGAAGAGAACAACGGGAACGGAGAAGGAGGAGAAGAAGAAGAUCAGGAGCCAUUCGAUUGGGAAAAGGAGAUGAGGAAGAGAGUGAAGGAGAUAGAAGAGAGAAGAGAGUUGGAGAAGAAAGCUGAAGAAUUGCAGAGCAGAAUAUUGGAUGAUAAUAGCCUGGAAGAAAAAGAAGAGAGUGAGGAAGAGAAGAAGGAGAGAGUGAGAAAAGAGCUCAAUAAGGUAGCCAUGGAACAGGCAGAGAGAAGAGCGACGGCUGAAUUGAUGUUUGAAUUAGGGCAAAAAGCUUACGGAAAAGGCAUGUAUGGAAGGGCUAUUGAGUUCCUUGAAGCCUCCCUUACAAUCAUUCCAAGGUCAACACUGUUUGGUGGUGAGAUACAAAUAUGGUUGGCUAUGGCUUAUGAGGCUAAUAAUCGCCAUGCUGACUGCAUUGCUCUUUACAAGCAAUUGGAAAUGAAGCACCCCAGUGUUAGCAUUCAACGUCAAGCUGCAAAUCUUCGCUAUAUAUUGCAAGCACCUAAGCUUAAGAUAUCCCAGGAGGAGAUGGUUACCAUUCCACUCAUUGGUUCAACGUAUGACAGGUUAUAG